AUGGAAGGUCAACAGGGAAAGGCUGCACCUGCCCAACCGAUACCAUCCCUGGUUCCAUCUCUUCCGGCCAGGUCUCCUCCUACAGUUCCUCGCCACCCUCAUCGAUCAUCUCCGCAACCAGUGCCGACCAGUUCUGCCGAGCAAGAGAAGCGCGGAGAACAGAAGGGUAAGGAGGUGGCAGAUGCGAGUAAGUCUCGUCCCACUCGGGAGGAGGAUGUCCAACGAGCUGCAAAGCAGCAGAAAACUAGGCACCCCGCUUCACGGGGUCAAGAGAAAUCCGACUCCCCACAUCCCGAUUCACAGCUAGAUGGUGAGAGGAAAAGGAGGGUAACGGCUGUACAGACCUUGUCCAAAUCUGAACAGGAUUUAAUCGUUGCAAGGAAAAAGCUACAGUCCGAAGAAGAAGCUCGCAAGAGUGCUGAACUGGCAUCAGAAGGUUACCAGAAGCAGCAUCUAGAAGAGACCCAGAGGCUAAGGGAGAAAGCUGAAAAGCUCAAAGAACAAUCCGAGAAAGCGAAAACCAAGUUCGAACAGGCAAUGAACGAAGCCGAGCAAAAGGGCUACGAACUUGGGAGAGCUGAAACUGAGAAAGCCUUAAGAGCCGAAGUUCCGGAGGUGUGCCGUAUCUUUUGUGCGAGAACCUGGAGUGUGGCUCUCGACCGUGCUGGGGUUGAAACCUCAUCUGAACUACAUAAGCCAGAGAACGUGUAUUAUCCUGAAGCGAUACGCUCCUCGGCUCCUCAAUCAUACCAGGCUGAUACCCCUUCCCCAGCUAUUAACCCUAACGAGGAGGUUUUGUCUCGCAAUUCCCCUCCAGGAGCUUCCCCCAACAAACCCACCACUGCCUCAAAGGCGGAGACGGUCUCACAAGGUUUUCAACAAGACUUGGAUUCCACAGUUCAAUCAACUGGGGACAUUACCAAAUAA